GCGGCGCUCGCAGCCGGCCGGGGAGGCGGGCACGGACGGACCCGCGCCUCGGCCCUCCAGCCCCGACGGCCCAGCGCUCGGCAAAGGGGAGCGAUGCCGAUGCUGGACUGCAGUUCAGAGCCCGGUAGUUUCAGCCAUCUAUUUGAGGCAGGAACCGCUGUGAAUGCACCUGUGGAUGCCUUUGGCCAGUCUCCAGCUCACUUGGCUGCUUGUGGUGGUGAAGCCUUUUUCCUACUUUGGCAAUUGCAGACAGGAGCAAAUUUGAACCAACAGGAUUGCCUUGGAGAAGCUCCGAUUCAUAAAGCAGCAAAAGUUGGGAGUUUGGAAUGUCUUGCUCUCCUUGUUGCUGGUGAUGCUAAAAUUGACUUGUGCAACAACAGUGGACAGACAGCAGCAGAUCUCGCACUGGAUUAUGGCUUUCUGGAAUGUGCCAAGUUCCUCAGGACAAUUCAGCACACUCAGACAAUGAAACUGAGACGGCAGUCUGGAUACUCGCUAAGUGACAAACAUGCCUGGCUGAGAGAGGAUCCAACUGCCCAGAAACAAGAAAGUGAAACCAGCAGAUCCAUAAGCAGGAAGAGGAGAAGAUCAGAUGAUCUCCUCUCUUAGUUGCAAGAAGAAACAGCCUGUAAUCCAAACAUAAAAUAAGGGUAAUCUGA